UAUAGCAGAAGUUCAAGUCACAUUAUGAAGGUAUAUCAUUAUUACCAUGAUAAGAGGUAUGCUACAAGACAGUAGUUCCAACAACAAAGUCUCCUCAAACUAACUUAUUAUGAUACCAUUUUGGUUGAUUUUGCAGCUCAAAAUUAACACCGUACGCAGUUGGCUGGUUGGUCUUCUCUAACAUUUGAAUGAAACAAUAGCAGUGCCUGCAUGUCUUGUUCCAGCCGGCAAUGCCAAUUGUCAAAAACAACCAUUUAUAAUUUCAAGGAUCAUCAUACUUUUUCACUAUAAAAUUGAACAUAAUUAGUGACACACUCUGAGUAGUUACUUCUGCCGUCUUUGGUGCUUAAUUAUCUUCCUCCACACAAAGAUGAAGUUAACAAGUUUCUGUCAGAUAAUCUUGUUCAUUAUGCUCUAUAGUUCAUCAACCUUUGUGACUUCUCAAGAUUCAUGCUCCUCUAAAUUGCAGCAACUUCAGCUUCCUAUCCCUUUCGAUACAAGUUCACUCCUCUGCAGUUCUGUUUGGCCUGCUCACAGUUUCAUCCUUAGAUAUGCUAAGGCUUCAUCAGAUGUGUGGAGCUUCAUAUUUUCAUUCCCAUUAGACCCAAAAGCUUAUGCAGCGAUAGGGUUCUCGAAAGAUGGAAGCAUGGUGGGUUCUAGUGCCAUUGUGGGGUGGAUGCCAUCUCCAGGUGCUGGGGGCAUGAAAUAUUACUAUCUGGGUGGAAAAUCAAAAGAUGAAGUGAUUAAAGACAGAAGUGAUCUUUAUAUUAUGAAUGCAUCAUUUGUUCCAGCAACUGGUUCACUUGGUUACUUGAUCUUCCAAUUGAAGACCACUCAACCUUCUUCCAAUCUCAUAUUUGCCAUUGGACCCAAUGGCCAGUUUCCUGAUUAUCCAAGCUAUGACUUGCCCAAACAUAUUGAUGAGACAUCAGUAACCAUUGAUUAUUCAAAAGGAGGUUCAACUAAAAACAAUUCUAAACUAAAUCUUCGAAGAAGCCAUGGAGUUCUGAACAUUAUGGGAUGGAGCAUUCUAAUGAUUAUAGGAUCCAUAAUUGCACGAUACUUCAAAGAAAGGGAUCCCAUGUGGUUUUAUCUGCAUGCUUCAAUUCAAGCAUUUGGGUUCCUUGCUGGCAUACUUGGAGUUUUAUGUGGAUUGCUCUUAGAUAGGAAUCUCGAAGUCACUCAUCACAAAAAUGUAGCAUUCCUCAUCAUCAUCCUUGGCUUCCUACAGGUGUUAGCCAUUAUAUUAAGACCAGGAAAAGAAUCAAAGAUAAGAAAGUAUUGGAAUUGGUAUCAUCAUAAUGUGGGGAGGAUUUUGAUUAUCUUUGCAAUUCUUAACACCUUUUAUGGACUCCAUUUGGGAGGAGAAGGAUCUAAGUGGUUUCUUGCUUAUGGAGUCACUAUUGCUAUCUUGGUCAUUGUCUUUGUGUUCUUGGAGAUAAGAAUGAGAAUCAUUGCAAGAAGAGACUCUAAGUCAUAUCCUCAAUCCGUGGAGAUGCCUUAUUAGCAUAAACAUGUUUAUUUUGAAUCCAAAAUCAUUCAUAUUUUGUAAUGUAUCAUAACUAUUUACCA